UUUAAUCUAGCAAGUAGUUUUGUUUUUAUAAAAAAAAUAGUUAAUUAUAUUUUAAUAUUUAUGGAAGACAUAAAUGAAAGUGAUUGUUGUGGUAAUGGUUGUGCCAAUUGUGUGUUAAAUAUUAAACCAGCCAAAUCUCUAAAGGCCGAUAAAAGUGGCAAACAAAAUAUACUUAACAAUUACACACACUUCAGGCUAAUAAAUAAAACUUUGCACCAGCCUCAAGUAAACAAUGUUUGGGAGCUGCACUUUAAAUCUAAAUAUUUUGAAAAUAAUAAGGAAUAUAUAUUGGACAUGAAUGCUGGCUAUCAUUUAAUGAUGCGUAAACCUUUAACGAUUAUGAAAAACGCGAAAGGGGGAAAUAGCGGAAAUGAAAUGACAAUUGAACGGAAAUUUCUACUACGUCCUUAUUCACCAUAUUGGUGGGAUUGUUUGGAAAUGGAAUUUAAAAUAUUAGUUAAUUUAAAAUCACAAGGACCCAUGUCGAAAUAUAUAGAAAAAUUAGAAAUUAAUGAUGAAGUGGAAUUUAAAGGACCCAUAGGCAGUUUUGAACAUGCAAUAGAUGUCAAAGGUGAAAAGUGUUUGCUAAUCAUCAGCCAAGGCGUGGCAAUAGCACCGGUUAUAGCCAUCAUAGAGGAAAUAUUAAAUAAUGAGGAAGAUUUGUGUAGAAUUACACAUAUAGCCUGUUUUCAAGACUUAAAACAUGUCUAUUUUAGAGAUAAAUUAUAUGAUUUCAAUAAAUAUUGGAAUUAUCAGGUGCAAAUUUAUUUGUCUCGGGAAUUGUGUGAUAAUACUGAAUGUUUAAUUAACCAACAAUGCCUAGAAAUUUGUGAAAAUUUUAAAAGUAAACUUAAAUAUAAAGAAGACAUUAAACCCAUAAGUUUUAAAGAAAAUUACUUGGAGCUAUUAUUAGCAAAGUUGCAAUAUAGAAAAGAAAACGUUCAUGUAAUCCUAGCUGGCAAUGGAAAAUUUCAAAAUUAUUUUAAAGAAUUAUUGUUGCAAACAAAUUACGGUGUGGCGGAAAGUAAUAUUUACUUGUUGUAAUAAAAAGCGAUUUUACAAAAGACUUUAAAACUUAAUAAUAGUAUAAACAUUAUUUAAAUCGUUCGUUAUGUAGUA